UUCGGUCCGAGGGGGCGGCUCCAGGGGCGCGGCUCCGCGGCGGCCGAAGCUGCUCCAGGCGGGAGCGGACCCCAGAGCCCAGCGGCGCCGAGCAGGGCUGGGGGAGGAAGAGGAGAGCGAGCGAGCGAGCGAGCGAGCGGGCGCGCGCGGGGGCGAGCUUCGGCGCGGCGGCCCCUAGGAGCGGGGGCGAGCGGCGCUGCGGGGCCGUGGGAGGAAGCGCUGCGCCCGGCCCGACGGCGCUCGUUGAGCCACAUCCGCGGGUCGCCGGCGACGUUGCCGGCGCCUGUCAAGGCCCCUCCAUUUUGAAGGAAGACGCCGCCGUUCCCCCACCGCAGGGGCGGCAGCCGCGCUCAUGGCGUUCAGUCCCUGGCAGAUCCUGUCGCCCGUGCAGUGGGCCAAGUGGACGUGGUCCGCGGUGCGCGGUUCGGGCGCGGGAGAGGACGAAGCCGGUGGUCCCGAAGGCGACCCCGAGGAGGAAGAGGACUCGCAAGCCGAGACCAAAUCCCUGAGUUUCAGCUCGGAUUCUGAAGGUAAUUUUGAGACUCCUGAAGCUGAAACUCCGAGCAGAUCGCCUCUCAAGGAGUCUUGUGAUUCAUCACCGGCAUUGGCGGAACCCGAGGCCAAACCCCAAGACUCUCGAGAAGCCAAUGAACAGUUUGUAGCAGAAGUAAUUGAAAGAUGUUCACCCGAUGCGUGUUCUAGAUCUUCAGAAAAUGAACCUCCACUGGCGACUAUCGACUCUCACCCAGUCAAGGAUGUCAAAGGGAAAGCGGAACAUGACGUUAGCAAGAUCUCGGUCGUGAGGCCGUUUGCGAUAGAAACCAGGAAUUACUGUACAGAUGACCCUGUGGCUCUCGGAACAACAGCAGCCCAUGGCUGUGUCCCUGUGCUCCCAGGCGAGGUCUCACCUUACACUGUACCAGAAGCCGCUCAGGACAAGCCAGCGAUGGACAGAGGCACGGGGGUUCCAUUGGAGACUUUCACAGAAGCUAGUCUGAAGACUGGAGGCCCCUGUCCAGAGCCCGUGGCCAGCAGAAGCAAGCUAAGAAAGCCCAGACCUGUCUCCCUGAGGAAGAAGAUAGCCUUGGAACCGGAAAUGUUGACGGAGAGUCCACCUCUCCCUAAGGCUUCCUCCCCAUGGAUUCCUGAUGAGUUGGAUCAGAAUGCGAAUCCUAGUGUUAGUGUGCUGAGAGCUUCGAAGGCCCAGAGAGCUCCGCUUAACCUUAAAGAAGGAGCUGGCGUUCUCUGUAAUGGCACCAGUGACUCAGGGGUUGAGCUGCAGGGUGGGUCCAGGGACUCGCUUCUCAAACUUGAGGAUGAUUUUACAGCGGACAGGGAGGAUGUCAAGACCAGGAGUGCCCUUCUGAAGCAACCGCGCAGGAAACCCAGUAACAGACCGGCAUCCAAUAUGCGAAAAGAUGGCAUCAGUAAGCCAGUAGGUGUUGAGCAGCCUGCAGACACAACAGCUCAAGAUGCCUCUCUCGCCCAGUCGUCUCCUAAGCUCGAUCCGAGUAAAUGGGGUCAUCCUAACUUUAAUUUCUUCGGGAGUGGCCCCCUUCCGCAGAACUCCCCGCCCCUCUCCUCCAAAGGCCCCCACCACUUUGACCCAGAUAAUGUUAACGUUGAUGAAUCCGUGGACCCCUUUAAGCCAGCCACAGCUUUGACAAGCAGCAGCUUUUGUUCUGCCACUGGUAAUCAUGUUAAUGAAAUCUUAGACUCACCCAAGAAGGCAAAGUCGCGUUUAAUAACGAGUGGCUGCAAGGUGAAGAAGUACGAAACCCAGUCUCUUGAUUUGGACGCGUGUUCUCAGGAUGAAGGAGCCGUGAUCUCACAAAUCUCAGACAUUCCUAACAGGGACGGCCACGCUACUGAUGAGGAGAAGCUGGCGUCCACAUCGUGCAGUCAGAAGUCUGCGGGGGCUGAGGUGAAAGGCAUAGAAAAGGAGACAUGCCAGAAGAUGGAGAAAGAGGAGCCGGCUGUGCAUGGACUGCUGGAGUCCUCUUCAGAAAAAGCCCCCGUGUCUGUGGCCUGCGGGGGUGAGAGCCCCCUGGAUGGGAUCUGCCUCAGCGAAGCAGACAAGACUGCCGUGCUCACGUUGAUCAGAGAAGAGAUAAUCACUAAAGAGAUCGAAGCAAAUGAAUGGAAGAAGAAAUACGAAGAGACCCGAGAAGAAGUCCUGGAGAUGAGGAAAAUUGUGGCUGAAUAUGAAAAGACCAUUGCCCAAAUGAUUGAGGAUGAGCAGAGGACUAGCAUGAGCUCUCAGAAGAGUUUCCAGCAGCUGACUAUGGAGAAGGAGCAGGCUCUGGCUGACCUGAACUCUGUGGAGAGGUCCCUUUCUGAUCUCUUCAGGAGAUACGAAAACCUGAAAGGCGUGCUAGAAGGAUUCAAGAAGAAUGAGGAAGCCUUGAAAAAGUGUGCUCAGGACUACUUAGCCCGAGUGAAGCAGGAGGAGCAGCGAUACCAGGCCCUGAAGGUUCAUGCGGAGGAGAAGCUGGACAGAGCCAACGAGGAAAUUGCUCAGGUUCGCUCCAAGGCGCAGGCCGAGAGUGCCGCUCUCCACGCUGGACUCCGGAAAGAGCAGAUGAAGGUGGAGUCCCUGGAGAGGGCUCUUCAGCAGAAGAAUCAAGAGAUUGAAGAACUGACAAAAAUCUGUGACGAGUUGAUCGCAAAGUUGGGGAAGACCAACUGAGAGCCGUCCGUCCCGUCCGGUGAGCUGUGCAGACCCGUGAGUCUGGCUGCUUCUGUCGUGACCACAUUAUCUUGCCUUAUCCAGAAACAAUCCCUCCCUUCGCAGAGAAAAGUAACUGUUUAAAAGCACAUGCCUGCCGCUGUCGCCCGCCUGUCCGUCUGUCCAGCUUGGAGGCAGCCGCUGCAGCCUGGCUGGUGGAGAGGGAGCCACGUGACCGCAGAGCCGGUCACAUGACUGCGGAGCCCCUUGGCCAGGCCCCCAGCUUCCCUUAGACGGGCAGGCUGCAGGGUGUGGCUUGUGCUUCUCCAACCUGAGUUCAUCCAGCUGUCGUCCCGUUGCUUUUCCCAAGUUUGUGAAAUUUCUAAUUUUGUGGAAACUGUGGGGGUUUAUCUUCCCAGCUCCUAUUUGAUAUUUUUUGUGACCUAGCGGUUUCAUUGAAGAGGACAGUUUGACCCAUCAUUACUAACACUUUGUCGAUGAGGCUCCAAGCUCCCUUUUAUUUACAGACUUACUCAUGCACGCACAUUCUGCUGCUUCUCUCUGAGGCAGUGCCAGAUAAGAACCUCCAGGGAAGAGCGCAGUUACAUAAAUAAAUGUAGACUCUUAUUUUGAAACAGAGCCCUAGGUCUAAAAGCCAACCUCAGACUUCGUAGGGGCUAGGAACCUAGCUCCAUUGAUAGAGUGCUUCCUGUACACAGAGCCCUGAGUUUGGCCCCCAGAACUACAAACACUGGAUACAGGAGUGUGCGCCUAUAAUUGCAACACUCCAGAGGUGGAGGCUGGAUAAUCUUAAAUCCAAGGUCAUCCUCCUCAACUCCGUAGCCACUUGGAGGCCAGCCUGCAUUAUAUGAGUGAGUGGAAGCAAUAGGGGAUUCUAGUGGGAGGUGGGCCAAGAAGAUCGCUUGAGCCCAGAGUUUAAGGACAGCCGUGUACCAGGCAAAUAGUCCUUUUCUCAAAAAUCAAACACCCAAACCAAACCUUGAGUCGGGGUGGAGAGGUUGAGAAUAGGAAGGCCAGGGGACAUAGGUUUCACAUCUAAGGAAGAUUGGCUGUGCUGGGUGUUGCCCCAGUAUUUGGACACCCCGGGACCUCAACAUGGCCCCUGUGUUCAUACCAAAAGCAGCAUUCCAUGACCAACAGUGUGGGCCUCCCUCAGAGCUGGCCUUGACUGCACGUGUCCCCCCAGGGGUCCAUUAGCCUCUAAAGCAAAGUCAACUUUGGUUAUCUAUUUGAAACACACGCACGUGGGCCUUGGGAAAGGUUUAGUUGAUCUUGUUAAAAACUGGUGGAAGCCUGCAUACCAGUCAGAGGCGAAGCUCCUUGGGCUUCUGUGUCUACAAGCACGGCGCCCUUUUAGAGACUUACUGGCAGCAGCAAAGGCUUUCAUAUUGGAGGUGGGCUUUUAAACAAAACAGGCUGUAGAGAGUCCUGUGGCUCAUUCUCCUAAUCAGCCCCUGGGAAUAUUUUAAAUAAAGACGGUUUGAGCGCUGGGAAAGGAAGCGGGGAGGGCAUCCACAUAGACAAAACAAAAUUCUGUGAACUCACACUAGACUUACCCUGGGGGACAUUAACCCCCAAAUUGAUAGUAGUGACUUCCAUCUGACAGGCCAAGCCAAAUCCAUUCCAGUUUUGAUGCUUUUUUUUUUUUACACCCUGUGUCUUCAUGGUAAAUGUGCACUAUUUAGUGCACACACACAUAUUCCUCCUUGUUAAACCAUUGCAUGAGCCAACUCCAGCAAUGAACUGUGCCUCCUGGAGAACCUCCAUAGAUCUUAAAAACAAUGUUCCUUUAGCAGCGUGUUGCCAUGUGGUGUAACCUUUAUAGCUCCAGGGAAAUGAGUAAUGUCUUCUCCAGCUAGCAAUCACAUUUUGUCAAUAUGCAUUUAUUAUAACCGGUGCUUAGGUUAGGCUGUAUUCUGAGGCCUACUGUCUUUUAACCUUUUGUAUGGGGGUGGGGAAACACAAGCAGACAGAAGUUAUCUGUGGUUGGAGAAAUGGCUUGACAAUCAUUUGGGCUCUGAAUUUAGUCACAGUGGCUUAAUGUGAAGCCCGUAGCAGUAGACAUAGUGUCAUGUUCAAAGUGUCUUCAAGGGAUAUGACCACUGUCAGCUUAGCCAUCUUCUGCAAGGGAAGUUAAUUUUGCAUUUUAAGAAACACCGCAGGAGUUUUUGCUACAGUGUUACAGCGACAUCCGUGUGCACUCAUUUUAUAUUGACUUUAUUUUCAAUAUGAAAAGCUUAAGAGUAGUCUCCAUCAUAAAUCUCUUGUUUCCUGAUUUUUAUUUUAUUAUUAUUAUUAAUAUUUUUUUGUAGUACUGAGAUUGUACCCAGGGUCUUGAACAUACUAGGCAAGUGCAUUACCGUGGAACCACAUCUUCCCUGGUCAUCUUUAUGCAUAAUAAGCAUGCGUAUUAAAAUGUCCUGUGCUGUGCUGUAUGUUACCAAGGCACAGGAGGGGCAUGGUGGCCAUCCUCCCUGCCACACUGGCAGACGAUCCUUGAAAAACAGGCCCUGCUCAAUGAAGUUGUUGUACACGGGACAUGAACUAGCCCCUAACCCUCUAAGCAGUGGUUGCCAGUGGCCUCUUAAGUCAUUACCAUUACCAGGAAAUCUUCUCAACUUCCAGCAUACAGGGAUCCUCCAACAAGAAUAAAAAUGUAGCUUGCACAGCUGGCAAAUUAAGAAAAUAUACGCAGCAGAGUAAAAUCUAUUUAUUAUUAUUUUUUAAUUAAAUAAGCCCUAAAAAACUUUUUUUUUUUUUAGCGCUCUGGAGAGUAAAAAAUAUAAAGUCUUCUUCAACACAUGCUGGAGGCCAAAAGCCUCUUUGUGUAGGCGAUUAAAAGCAGGGACCAGGCAUGGUGGCGCGUGCCUCUAAUCCUAGCACCCUGGAGGCAGAGGCAGAGACUGAAAAGUUCAGGCCUUGCCUGGGCUAUAACGUUUGAGAGCCUUGUCUUCAAAGACUAGAGGGCUGGGUCUGUGACUCAGUGGUAGUGUUUGCGUACCACCAACCAGGCAUUGUUGCUGAUCUUCAGCACUGUAAAAACAAAUAAAUUUAAAACCCAAGAGAGAUGCUCAGAGCGGCUUGGGAAUACUAGGUGAUCUUGUUGAGACUGUCAGCACAGAACUGUUUCUUCAGUUCUACUUUGUCAAAGUGCAGACAACUUUUACCCAUCAGUAUUACAGACCGACCAGUUAGUUACUUUCGGUCGGAAGGCAGUGUUUCCUCUGUCUGGAGACCGGGAAUUCCCCUAAACUUCAUAUUCUCUGAGGCUCCGAUGUGGACUCAAGCAUCUUCAGAAACAGACCAGAUUAGGAAGUGCCGACAGCCCUGGCUGGGAGCCCUGGGGUGCUCGGGAUGAAAUCCCUGAUUUCAGGAUUGUAGCUUAAGCUAAGCAUCCUUUCCAACCAGUGGCCCUGUUCUCCCUGCAGACUCGCCACUGCCUGUGCACAAAUGCUCGCCCACUCACGAAGCCGCCCUGGGUUGAGCAUGGCAGGCCGAAGCCCUCACUUUCAGCAAAGAUAGCACAGGCUACAAAGGGCACUCUGCGGCUCACAGGCUUUUCAGUAUCUGUGGCUUAAGUUCAGGGCGUACUGAACUGAAAGUGGUGUGGACCUGGUGAAGCCCCUCUUCCUAAUUCCCUGAGGCUCCAUUUUAGAUGAUCUUACAGCCCAGCUUCUGCUGUCUCUGUAGGACUGCAGCCUCUAAGCUCACGCUCAGGUUUUUUUUUUUUUCCUUUUUGUUUUAGGUUUUUGUUUUUUUUUUUUAAUCUUCUUGGGAAGAGAGAAUGUAGGUGUUAAAAGAGAAAUGAUUUAGCAAGGGAUUUAAAGAUGUAUAUAUAUUAUGAAGAAUUUUAAGGGUAACAGAUUACUAUUUACUUACUAAUGAACAGGUAAGGUCUGGGAGUCCCAGAACGCCAAGCCAAAGGUUGAAGAAAUCACCUUUCCAAAAGUUUUAAUAAUGAAGUUAUUUCAGAGGAGCCUAACAUCCAAGAAAGGUUUGAUUGGCCUCCAGAUUCUGAUUAUUUUUUAAAAAGCAAUUUAUUACCAGGGCUGGGGAAUGUAGCUCAGUUGGUGACACACUUGCUCAGUUUGCACAAGUCCUUGGAUGUCAUCCCCUAGUGCUAGGGAAAAAAAUCAGAAAAAAAGAAAAAUAUUUACUACUCAGCCCUUCCUAUGUGGAAAGCAAAGGGGAACAUGUACAGAACCAGCUCUCCUCCGUAGACUGUCUUCUAGAACAGAACAGGCAAGCGCUUGGCACUGCGGAGAGGAAAGACUGCACUUCUAGUCAUUUCCGUGCAAACGCAGCAGCCCCCUGUCCGUGCCUCAGCAUGCAGUUAGAUUUGGACAAAUAAGAUUCCCGAGGAAUGACUUUCUUAAUUGCACCACGGUUUCAGCUUUAUGUAAACACUCACACCCCGGUUCUAGUUCUAGUUUGGAGAUGCUGCUGCUGCUGCUGCUGUUGCUGCAACGCCGGCCUCAGGUAGUCAUGUGUGAUGUUUUCCCACUCAGAGGAGGCCAAGCCUGGGGCUGAGGUCUGGCCUAACCUUCCCUGUAUGGUGUCUUCAAUACCAACUGUCAGGAUGCCGCUCUGUCCCCUGCCUUCUCGUGGUACCCGAGGAUGCUUGGCCAGAGCGCGUCCCCCUCAGUAAGCAACAGAUUCCAUAUUCGUAAUUCUCCAAACGGAUCCUUAGAAAUCUGCACUCUGGCACCACAUCCAGACCAGAUACAGGGCAGUGUGAAGGUCACACCCGCAGCCUCAGCUUUGUCCCUUGGCAGUCCUUGGGGACAGGAUUCAGGCACUCUGCUAAAUCUCCAAGGCGUCUGUCAGCUUUCCGGUACUGCUGUUAGCAAGUCUGUGUUUGCCAAUAGAUACCCACUGUACUAAUGUGUGCCAAGUGUUUAUUGCACAUCUGCUCCCACUGUGUCUACCCCCCACUCCACCCCCCCAGUGCGUGAGGAGACCCUCACUGGGGCCGGGGCGGGAUGGGGGGCACACACUGCAUUGACUCCUGCUGUCAGGACGGCGUUGUGUGGAAUAAUCAUCCUCAUAGAUUUUAUACACAUAGUAAUUUCCCUUUUUAUAUGUCAGGUAAAUAUUUGUAAAAGUUAUACUCACACAAAAGAAAUUAUUAUGAUAAUUACUAAUAUAUUUUUUCCAUGUUUCAUUGCCUGAAUAAAAACUGUUUACCACUGUU